AUGGGGCGGCUUUCUUCUCUGACCCUGAUGCAGAUGGUAGUGGUGGUAACCUCUUGGGUCAUAACAGCUGUCACCAUUGAGACCUCAGAAGCAAGAAGCUGCUCUGAAUGUCACAGCAAUGCCACCUGCAUGGAGGAUGGGGUUGCCACAACCUGCUCCUGCCAGGUGGGUUUCACCGGCGACGGCCUUAUGUGCGUGGACCUGGACGAAUGUGCCAUUUCUGGGGCACACAACUGCUCCGAGGACAGCAUCUGUGUAAACAUGCUGGGCUCCUACUUGUGCACCUGCCCUGACGGCUUCCGCCUGAUGCCUGGGCUGGGUUGCACCGACGUGGACGAGUGUGCUGAGCCGGGACUCAGCCGCUGCCACGCCCUGGCCACCUGCAUCAACCACAAAGGCAACUACUCAUGCGUGUGCCCCGCUGGCUACUGGGGUGAUGGGUGGCACUGUGAGUGUUCCCCAGGCUCCUGUGGGCCAGGACUGGACUGCGUGCCUGAGGGCGACAUGCUUGUGUGCGUGGACCCAUGCCAGGCGCACCACAUUCUGGAUGAGUACUGGCGCAGCUCUGAGUACGGGGCAGGCUACACCUGUGACUCAGGCCUGAGCGGCUGGUACCGCUUUGUGGGGCAGGGCGGCGUGCGCCUGGCCGAGACCUGCGUGCCGGUCCUGAGCUGCAAUACGGCUGCGCCCAUGUGGCUCAACGGCACGCACCCGUCCAGUGAUGAGGGCAUCGUGAGCCGCACGACCUGCGCCCACUGGAGGGGCCACUGCUGCCUGUGGGACGCACCUGUGCAAGUGAAGGCCUGUGCUGGCUACUACGUCUACAACCUGACCGCGCCCCCCGAGUGCUAUCUGGCCUACUGCACAGACCCAAGCUCUGUGUUGGGGACGUGUGAGGAGUGCAGUAUAGACGAGGACUGCAAAAUGGAUGAUGGCACGUGGAGCUGCCAGUGCAAACAGGACUCCAACAUCACUGAUCUCUCCCACCUGGAGCGCAGGCUGGAGUGUGGGGCCAAUGACAUCAAGGUGUCCCUGAGCAAGUGCCAGCUGAAGAGCCUGGGCUUUGAGAAAGUUUUCAUGUACCUGCGUGACAGCCAGUGCUCAGGCUUCAUUGAGAGGGGAGACCGGGACUGGAUAUCUGUGGUGACCCCAGCCAGGGAUGGCCCCUGUGGGACAGUGAUGACGAGGAAUGAAACCCAUGCCACGUACAGCAACACCCUCUACCUGGCAGAUGAGAUCAUCAUCCGUGACCUCAACAUCAACAUCAACUUUGCGUGCUCCUACCCCCUGGACAUGAAAGUCAGCUUGAAGACCUCCCUGCAGCCAAUGGUCAGCACCCUAAACAUCAGCGUGGGUGGGACAGGCAUGUUCACCGUGCGGAUGGCACUCUUCCAGAGCCCUGCCUACACACAGCCCUACCAAGGCUCCUCCGUGACCCUGGCCACAGAGGCCUUUCUUUAUGUGGGCACCAUGCUGGAUGGGGGUGACUUGUCCCGGUUUGCACUGCUGAUGACCAACUGCUAUGCCACACCCAGCGGCAAUGCCACAGACCCCUUGAGGUACUUCAUCAUCCAGGACAGAUGUCCACGCACUAAGGACUCAACCAUCCAGGUGGUGGAGAAUGGGGAGUCCCCUCAGGGCCGAUUUUCUGUCCAGAUGUUCCGUUUUGCUGGGAACUACGACCUGGUCUAUCUGCACUGUGAAGUCUAUCUGUGCGACACUGUUAAUGAAAAAUGCAAACCUACCUGCUCUGGGACCAGAUUCCGCAGUGGGGGCAUCAUAGACCAAACCCAUGUCCUGAACCUGGGUCCCAUCACACGGAAAAAUGUCCAGGCCGUAGUCUCAAGGGCUGCUUCCAGCAGCCUGGGGUUCCUGAAGGUCUGGCUGCCUCUGCUUCUGUUGGCCUCCUUGACCCUGAUGUCUCAGUGA